CCAUUUCAUCUUCCCGAUUCAUCUCUCUCAAUUCUCUGUGUCUACAGAAAGAAGCUCACGCAGCCAUGUCAGCACAUAGCCUUAACCUCUUCGGAGUUCUCUCCGAGACCAAACGCAUCAUCAACGCCCACUCCCGCCAUUUUUUGGCUCUCUCUGUUCUCUUCCUCCUCCCUCUCUCCUUCUCCCUCGUCGUCUUCCCUUCCCUCUCCCACUCCCCUUCCCCCCUCUCUCACUACCACCGCUCCCUCUUCUUCUUCUCCUCCUCCCCCGACCUCCCUCCCAUCGCCACAUCCCACCUCCUCCUCGCAUCUCUCUACGCUCUCUUCGCUCUCUUCUUAUCACUCUUCGCCACCGCCUCGAUCACCCACAGCACCUUCCACGGCUUCUACGGCAGGCCAGUGAAGUUCAUCUCCUCAAUUAAGUAUGUGCUCACAUCGUUCCUACCCCUAAUUGGAACCCUAAUAAUCAGCAUCUUCAUUUUAGGGUUAAUCGCCCUCGGAUUUGGGGGUUUUAAUGUCUUGGUGUACAAUGCCCUAGCCCUAAUUGGGGUUGAAAUUGACUACACCAAUGUGUAUCUCGUGAGUUUUUUUGCCUUGAACACCGUUCUGCUUUUCGGGGUGCUGAUUUACUUGCAGGUGGAGUGGUGCCUGUCGUUCGUGGUCGUCGUCGUGGAGUCAAAAUGGGGGUUUGCAGCGAUGAGGAGGAGCGCGUGUCUGGUGAGAGGGAUGAGAGGGGUGGCGUUUGGGUUGAUCCUGCUGUUUCAAUCCCUGCUUGGCCUUGUGGGCUUGCUGUGCUCGACAGUCAUCCCCAGCGCGGGCGGAUUGAGCAUUAGGGAUUGGAUUAGCUGGGCGUUUGUGUUUCAGGCUGUCGUUUACACGGGGUUUAUGACGAUUCUGAUGCUAUACAGUGUGGCGGCCACUGCGGUGCUGUUUAUGUAUUGCAAGGCUUUGCAGGGGGAGCUUGCGUUUGAGAUUGCUGAGGAGUUCGCGCAGGAGUACAUCCGGCUGCCAUUCGAUGAUGGCAAGCUUUCCCAUGUUGUCUACGUCGUGUAGCUCUGCCAGUUGGAUAAUGCACACAGAGAGAGUGAUGAUGAUGAUGUAUAAAGUAUAUCAUGGGUCACAUUCGAGCUGAAAAUGUGUGUUGCAUGAGGGAUGCCUUGGCUUGGUUCAGUAUUGUUAGAAGUAGUACUCUGUUUAAAUCUCUUUUGUCAUGUACAUUCCAUAUCUUAUAAUGUUCUUUCAAACUCAACAUUUUCUUGCUUCAAUCUUUUCUUAUCAAUGUACAUUUUGUACCUGUUCUCAUUUA